AGAAGAAAAGAGGGAGCGAAACAUGAGAGGCUGUGUGAGAAGCUGCAGCCGCCGGCAGAGGAGACCUCAGCAUCAUCUAGAGCCCAGCGCUGGCCCUGCCUGCGUCUGCCCCGCCGCCGCCGCCGCCGCCGCCGCCUUUUCUGUUCCUGCUACUGUCUCACCUAAACAACUCCCGUUACACGGACAAGUGAACCUCUGUGGCCGUCUUCUCCUCCUCUUCUUCCUCCUCCUCUUCCAACUCUUUCUCCUCCUCCCACUUCCCAGCCGCAGCAGGAAGCCCCUAACCCAACUGACCCUGGCACAACUGCAAACGGUGUCAUCUGCACAACCCUGUCUCGGUCCUCGGACUCCCCUAAGGCACUGGACCCAUCGCCUUGUCUUUUAUUUUUCGCAAAGUUGCAUCGCUCUACAUAUUUCCGCCCCCGGCACCACUCUCUGCCUCUCGAGUGUCCCCCGCAGCCUCCUCCUGGAGCUGCGCCCUAGUGCCCCUGGUGGGCAGUGGCGUUCCCCCCCAGCCUCCCGCGCCGAGCCCCUGCCGCUCGGGGCAGACGAUGCUGAAGAUGCUCUCCUUUAAGCUGCUGCUCCUGGCCGUGGCUCUGGGCUUCUUUGAAGGAGAUGCUAAGUUUGGGGAAAGAAUCGAAGGGAGCGGAGCGCGGAGGAGAAGGUGCCUGAAUGGGAACCCCCCGAAGCGCCUGAAAAGGAGAGAUAGGCGGAUGAUGUCCCAGCUGGAGCUGCUGAGUGGGGGAGAGAUGCUGUGCGGUGGCUUCUACCCUCGGCUGUCCUGCUGUCUGCGGAGUGACAGCCCAGGGUUGGGGCGCCUGGAUAACAAGAUAUUUUCUGUUACCAACAACACAGAAUGUGGGAAGUUACUGGAGGAAAUCAAGUGUGCACUUUGCUCUCCACAUUCUCAGAGCCUGUUCAACUCACCUGAAAGAGAAGCCUUGGAAAGAGACCUUGUACUUCCCCUGCUCUGCAAAGACUAUUGCAAAGAAUUCUUUUAUACUUGCCGAGGCCAUAUUCCAGGUUUCCUUCAAACUACUGCUGAUGAGUUUUGCUUUUACUAUGCAAGAAAAGAUGGUGGGUUGUGCUUUCCAGAUUUUCCAAGAAAACAAAUCAGAGGACCAGCAUCUAACUACUUGGACCAGAUGGAAGAAUAUGACAAAGUGGAAGAGAUCAGCAGGAAGCACAAACACAACUGCUUCUGUAUCCAGGAGGUGGUGAAUGGGCUGCGCCAGCCUGUCGGUGCCCUGCACAGCGGGGACGGCUCGCACCGGCUCUUCAUUCUGGAAAAAGAAGGUUACGUGAAGAUACUUACCCCCGAAGGAGAAAUUUUCAAGGAGCCUUAUUUGGACAUUCACAAACUUGUUCAAAGUGGAAUAAAGGGAGGAGAUGAAAGAGGUCUGCUAAGCCUCGCAUUCCAUCCCAAUUACAAGAAAAAUGGAAAGCUGUAUGUGUCUUAUACCACCAACCAAGAACGGUGGGCUAUCGGGCCUCAUGACCACAUUCUUCGAGUUGUGGAAUACACAGUAUCCAGAAAAAAUCCCCAUCAAGUUGAUUUGAGAACAGCCAGAGUAUUUCUUGAAGUGGCAGAACUCCACAGAAAGCAUCUAGGAGGGCAACUGCUCUUUGGCCCUGAGGGCUUUUUGUACAUCAUUCUCGGUGAUGGGAUGAUCACACUGGAUGAUAUGGAAGAAAUGGAUGGGUUAAGUGAUUUCACAGGGUCGGUGCUGCGGCUGGACGUGGACACAGAUAUGUGCAACGUGCCUUAUUCCAUCCCCAGAAGUAAUCCGCACUUCAACAGCACCAACCAGCCCCCGGAAGUGUUUGCGCACGGCCUGCAUGAUCCAGGCAGAUGUGCUGUGGAUCGACAUCCCACUGAUAUAAACAUCAAUUUAACAAUACUUUGUUCAGACUCCAAUGGAAAGAACAGAUCAUCAGCCAGAAUCCUACAGAUAAUAAAGGGGAAAGACUAUGAAAGUGAGCCAUCACUUUUAGAAUUCAAGCCAUUCAGUAAUGGUCCUUUGGUGGGUGGAUUUGUUUACCGAGGAUGCCAGUCUGAAAGACUGUAUGGAAGCUAUGUGUUUGGAGACCGGAAUGGGAAUUUCUUAACCCUCCAGCAAAGUCCCGUGAGCAAGCAAUGGCAAGAAAAACCACUCUGUCUUGGCAACAGUGGUUCCUGUAGAGGUUACUUUUCAGGUCACAUCUUGGGAUUUGGAGAAGAUGAAUUAGGUGAAGUUUACAUUCUAUCAAGUAGUAAAAGUAUGACCCAAACUCACAAUGGAAAACUCUACAAAAUUGUAGAUCCCAAAAGACCUCUGAUGCCCGAGGAGUGCAGAGCCACGGUACAGCCUGCACAGACAUUGACUUCGGAAUGCUCCCGGCUCUGUCGGAACGGCUACUGUACCCCCACGGGCAAGUGUUGCUGCACCCCAGGAUGGGAAGGGCACUUCUGCAGAAUUGCAAAAUGUGAGCCAGCGUGUCGUCAUGGAGGUGUCUGUGUGCGACCGAACAAGUGCCUCUGUAAAAAAGGCUAUCUUGGUCCUCAGUGUGAACAAGUGGACAGAAACAUCCGCAGAGUGACCAGGGCAGGUAUUCUUGAUCAGAUCAUUGACAUGACAUCUUAUUUGCUGGAUCUAACAAGUUACAUUGUAUAGUUUCUGGGACUGUUUGAAUCUUCCUUUCCAAUGGGCAUUUAUUUUUUAUCCUGUCAUUAAAAAGAAAGACUGUUCUCCUGCUACACACUUCCUGUGAUUUCAUUUUCUUUUAUUAAUUUAAAAAUAAUUUCCAGAAAUGUGCAGAUCCUGUGUGUGUAUGUCGGCACGUUUGUUCACAUAUGCACAUACACACACACACACACACACUCACAACCCCUAUACGCGUGGUUGCAUAACAGAUGGGUUUUAAAUAUAUAUAUUUCCUUGUGUGGGGUAAUUUACACAGAAAUUCCACUGUAAAUUGAUAACGGAAUUUUUAUGUCACCAAAAGAGAUUAUCUGACUUCCCAGGAAUUUUCUGUCUGUAAUAGCUAAAGUCAACUUUAAUGGAGUUUUGAAACAUUACUGUGCAAUCUGAUGGAUCUAAUAAAAAAGGCAAUAUUUUUAUAUUAAAGGAUUAUAAUGUGAGAGAUUGUUUCAGAACUCCCUGAUGAAUUUCUAAAUGGGCGACGAUAUAAAAUUGUAAUCUUCAUUUGUAUCAAUGUAUCCAAUUACAGAAUGUUACCCACUUACCUUCUUAUUGGCAGAGAAAUCCGGUUACUCUAGUUUAAUCUCAAGAUUGUUUUCAAGCGUUUUAUAAUUAAAUCAUAACGGCAUAUUCUGAAAUCAAUCUUCCUAAAAGGUCUGCUUUUAUUAUAUAUUGUAUCUAACAAUAGGCACUGGGUUUGUGUUACCUAUUUAUAUUUUUUAUUUUAUUUUUAUAAUAUAGACAUCACCUAGAUGAAACAUCUUUGCCCUGUCCUGUAAAAUACUAAAGUUACAUUUUUCACCAACUUAAUUGGAAAGAAGGGGAGUGAGAAAGCAAACAGUCUUUAAUGUGCUGUGGAUCUAAUCUAGCAAUGUGCCCCUGUGCCAACAUGUAAUCAUUAACGACGGAUGAAAAAGCAAGAAAACAGCCAAUCCUUAUAAAAUUCCAGCAUUAAACAUAUGUAAAGUGCUUUUCACCAUAGCAAGACUGUCAGAGUAUAUGUGAUUAGAACGUUGCAGAUUUCACACUGAAUGAAACUCACUGGAGAAGAGCUCACUCGUUUCUAACAAAUCUUGGCUAUGUAAGCUUAAAAUACUAAUUCUUGCCAAAUAUGAGUUUUAAUGUAUAUGUUCCUUUUAAGACCUCAGUGAAAAUCCUCUUUGGUUAAUGUAUGAAUAAAUUUCUAUAAAUGUUCUGUUCAGGUUUUUAAAGAAAUGCCAUGAUCUAAUUUAAAACUGCAAAAAGUCUGAUAGACAUUUUUCUUACUAGUUUUUGAGGCCAGCUCUCCACAUUUGGAUUGUAACAAAAUCAUAAGGCCUCUUUGCACUACUGAGAAAGCAUCUAUCGUGACGUGCACACACCCGCUAUGGGUUGUCCUUCUGUAAACAUCUGUUCUUCCAGAAUCUAAAUUGUAGACUAGUAUAGAAUAUGAGCACAGGCUGACUUUCCAAACCCACUCCUUACCUUUGGGAAUAUGAACCUCAAUUAAAAAGAAUAAAAUCGGGUAACUAGUAUUUCUCUAUUGUUUUAAAGUGAGAGGUUUGUAAUUAAAGCACAGUGAGCAUUUAUGUAGAAAGGUUGGUUAAGUACACUGCUCUUGUCUUCCAUAUAUGAUUGCUUAAGUUUCAAGUGACCUCAUGCCAAAUGGAAAUGGGUUGAGAAAUCUUGGUUCAGUGCUUAGUGAACAAUAGCCUGCAUUAAAAAGUGCAUGCAUAAUUUUGCACAAUUUAGAUUCAAUUGACAGUCUAUUCAAAGAAGUCUCAGGAUUAAAUGAGCAUGGAGACCAAAUUGCCCUCUUACCCCAGAAAAGGGGUGGUCCCUUCUAGUCACACUAACACUUCAUUGGCCCAAGAGUGUGACAAAUCUUGCAAUGAACCUGCAGUAGCCCGCAUCUGGAGGUUAAUAGCAGUCUUUUGUCUCCUUUGCUUUCUCUUCAUAGCCCUUUUACUGAAUUCCAUCACAGAAAGUUUUACAAUUAAAAAAAAAAUGUCCUGACAACCAUUUUUGUAAAUGGACCUUACCAUCUAAUCGUCCCUUAUUCAACGUGGGUGACAUUAACAAAAUGUGAACUUCUGGUGAGGGAGCCAGCUGUCUAAAUCUGUCAAAUUGUGCAGUUUUAUUACACAUUCUCCUGUUCAUAGUUUCACUGAAAACAAUAAGGAUACUGCUAUAUAUUCAGCAAAAUCUGAAAAAUCCAGGGUUUCUUCUUACACACUUAAUCUUUCCAUCUCUUCCAAAAGAAUCUUUCCAAACGAAAAGGUGUUAUAUUGCCACUAGUCCUACUGUUUAAAAAUAUCUAUAUUAAAUUGACCAGACCCAAACGUUUACACAGUCCUUUCCCAAGUGAAAGAGUUUCAAAUGUCUUAGAAAAACAUAUGUACCCCAGGUGUCACUGCCUUUUCUAUUGUGAAUCAUUAGAAUAAAAGGCUAAACUCUUCUAAAAGCGAAGAUAGCAAGAUCCAUGGAUAUUAAACCCGAGCAAAGAAAGUCAAGUCGUUGGAGCCAUUUCUUUUUGUUCUUGGGAGAGACGUAAAUAGCGGUGGCUAAUUGAUGGAGACAUAUUUUAAACUCAGUGAUCAUUUCAAAAAAAUCUUUUGACCUUUCUUUUUUCCAGUCAGAUUUUUAAACUGUGACUGGAGAAUUCUCUUGAAUGAUACAUGAUAGGCAGGUAGGAAUUGGUUAAAAGUAUGAGCUAGGGAAAAAGUUAUUGUUUUGUCCUGUGAAUGGCAAUGUCUACUUGGUUCUGGAAGCACACAAUCAGAAUGCAAAAAAUUAUGUCCUUGGUAUGAGUGUAGAUGUGUGAGAUAAAGCUAAAAUAAAGAAAUGGAAAAAUGUAUAUUAUUACCCCUUUGUCCAUUCUGGACCUUAAGCUUUGGGUGUCCAUUUAAUGUGAAAUGCUGUUAUGGAAGUUAUAAAGGGUUGGGAAAAAAAAAAACUUUCUACCAUGGCUUUGGCCAAACUCUUGUCCUGGUUAAUAGAACCCUGCUUUCUGGCCAGUUGUUUAAGGUAAUGAGAAGAAAACUGAAUUGGCACAUCAUUAAACUGAAAAGAAAAGAAGAGUUAAAAAAAAUAAGGUGUGCGAUGAUAAAAAGUUCCAUCUAUACCUUUUCUUCUUGGAAUUUUGUUUCGGUGUGGCUAUUGUAAAAUAUAGGUCUUAUUCUUUCACAAAGAAUACUCAGAAGUUUUCUCAGAUUAUUGGACUAUCUCAUAAAGAAAGAGCAGAGAAACAUACACAUACAACAUAGACGCACGACCUGAAUAGAAAACCAUUCUCUUUUUCAUUUAUAUACUUCAGAGCAGGUGCCUCUUCUCUAUUGAUUUCUUUGAAAAUAAUUACAGCCCAAUGUAUUAACAACCUUAAUAUGUUUCUUUUCGGUAUUAUUUUUUAAUCUCUGAAUCAUAAACUGUAUAAUAAGCCUACCAGGUAUGAAAUAUGAGGUUAGAUGCUACAUCCAGGGUCUUUCAAAGCAUACACUAACUUAAACUUAAUUAUUAGUCUAACAUUCUUAGCUCUGAAACAGAAAAGAGAAAGCAAGACCAAAUUUUUAAGAGGAAAAAUAUGUAUACCCUAGGCAGAUGUAGUUGGCCGAUUGAUAUAUUAAAGUUUCUGAGCGUCUCUACAGAAUGUUACCUAUAGUAUUUAUCUCUACCCCAUCUCUGUCUCUCUCUCUGUCUCUCUGUCUCUCUUCUCUCACCUUCCCUCCCCACCCCUCUCAUAUAUCCUUCUUCCUGUAACCUCUUCCUGCUCUUCCAUUUCUAUCGGUUUUGACUAAACAAACAUGUCUUCAGUAGUACACCCAUAAUGAAGAUGUCCUGGGGUAGAUAGCUAUUGAUUUUGCUCAUUAUGACCUUUGUUUUCCUGAAAAACACCCUCUCCCAAUGUCACAUGUGCUCAGACUCUAUCAUGAAGAACAGUAGACAAAUAUGAAUAUAUUAGAUCGACCUAUUACAGUUGUCGAAAAAAAUAACCAAAAGGAUAAAUGACUACAAUCCUGGAUGCUCCAGCUUGGCUUGUGUUCCAUCAUAGAUACAGCAAAACACAAAGAAUACCCCAGUCAAGAGCUUGAGCUAACAGUAGUAAAAGUUAGUAGCUAUUUCCUAGUCAGGCAUGACCAUCUGUAUGGAGUCUGUUUUGAAGAUUAUUCCAAAUCUCUCCUUUCCCCACCUCUGGGUUGAGACUUGAACUUGCAGAGAAAUCAGACCAAAGUUCCAUGCCCAGAAAAUGUACAUAUAUCUGUAUCCGUGCUAGGAAGUUAGUGAGCCUAUUAUUGUGAAUACUUUCAGAAAGGCCCUCUUCAGAAUAUCCUAAAGAAAUACGUUUGCUAUCUUACGUUCUUUCUCUUCAUCACUCUAACACAAAUUAGUCAUACCUGCAAUAAUUAACGAUGUCAGAGAAGGUGGACACUGAAUAAUAGAAGCAUUUUGAUAUGAAAAAUACUAAAACCAUGACCUUAAAAUCUGCCAAACACUAAUCCUAGCCAACUUCAACACUUCUGUCUCUUAAAUAUCUUCUCGUAAGGUUUAAAAUUGCUUUAAAAUAAGUGUUUAGGACAGUGAGCUGCAUUCAAGACAGCACGAGUGCCAU